GUGCUCAUAUCCCGUAUGCAGGCAAAUGCCGAUCAGGUGGAGAAGGACAUCCUGGAAACACAGUCCAAACUCAAGCAGGAUGCUAGCAAUUACAAGAAGAAUAAGGCCUUUGAGUUCCAGCAAGAGAACGCCAAGAACCUAAAGGAGGCUGAGACCCUGCUGAAAGACCUCUUUUUGGAUGUGGACCGUGCCAAGAGGCUGAAACACCCCCAGGCUAUUGAAAUAGAGAAAGACAUUCAGCAGCUCCAUGACCGUGUGACACAGCAGUGUGCAGAGUACCGGAACCUCUAUGAAAACCUGAAUAUCCCUGAUGUGGGGCCUAGAGUAGACUGGGCCAGGAUCCUGGACCAGAAGAUGAAAGAAAUCAACACAGGACAGUAUGGCCCCAGCAUGCCAGAGCUGGAAAAGCAAAUAGCUGAGCACAACAUCCUCCAGAAGGAGAUUGAAGCCUAUGGCCUGCAGAUCAAGAACCUCCGCUCUGGGGAUGUGGCAGAUUUGAAGAGCCAGUACAAGGACUUGCUGAAAGCCUCCAUCUGGCGAGGGCAGAGCCUGGGCAGCCUGUACCAGCACCUCCAAGGCUGCACCAAGGAACUGAGCUACCUCACAGACCAGCAGAACAAGAUCCUGAAGCAGGACUGGAGCGACCAAAUGAUGGAUGCCCAGACGGUGCGUCGGGAGUACGAGGAGUUCAAAUCCACUGAACUGCUUAGCCAGGAGGAGUUUGUGAACAGUCUGCAGGAUGAUGGUGACAGGAUGAUUGAACUAAAGCACCCAGCUGUCAAGCCAAUUCAGGCUCACCAGGAAGCCUUGAAGAAUGAGUGGCAGAACUUCCUGAAUCUCUGCAUUUGCCAGGAGAAUCACCUGAAAAGUGUGGAGAGCUAUAAGAAGUUCCAGGAUGAUGCUGAAGCUGUGAGCUGCUCCCUGAAGAAGAUGAACUCUGACUUGGACACCAAAUACAGCAAGUUUGACAAAGACAGCCCUGGGGUGGUGUCAGAUCUGCUGCUUCAGCUGGAGAAUGAGGAAAAGGUGGUGAAGCAGGCGGAGAAGAGCAUCACUGACCUGAAGAGAAGGAGCAAAGAGAUCAGCCCACUGAAACUGCGCAGGAUGAGUCCCUCCCAGCCCCUCACCUUGGAUACCCUGUGUGACUGGGAUGCUGGAGAUGUGCAGCUGGCCAGGGGCGACAAGUACUCUCUGAAGGAUAACAGCAACCAGGAGAUGUGGGUGGUGCAGAACAGCACUGGUGUGGUCCAGGAGGUACCUGCUGCUUGCUUCUCCAUCCCUCCACCAGACCCUGAGUCCAUGGACAAGGUCAAUAGGCUGGAAGGGGAAUUGAACACCGUGAAGCAGAAGCGAGCGGCAGUUCAGCACACCCUGAAGCACAGCCACAAGGAGCCGGUUCAACCCAGCCAGCAGGCUCUACCUAGAAGCACCCCCAUAGCCCAGGAUGACCCCCAAGCUGACCAGCUUCUCAACAGCCUGGAGAGUGUUGGCAAGGACCUGGUCCAGGUAGAGAAGGAGGUCUUGAACCGAGUGAGGUCUCCAGUGAACUACAAUGAUCCCACAGAUGACCUUGCCAAGAGGAUCAAACACCAGCAGGAAACAACAAAGAAACUUGAGAACUUGGGGGCUACCAAGGAUGCCUUGCAGAAGGAAUGUGAGACCUACCUUUCCAAGAAACCCACGAGCACCUCAGCCUCCCAGCUUCCUGUCACGCUGAAUGCCCUCAGGAACAAAUACAAUGAUGUCAAGGUGCUCUCCAGUCUGUACAGUGAGAAGGCCAAGGCUGCUCUGAACCUGGAGACUCAGAUUGAGAACACAGACAAGAUCAUCAGCACAUUUGAGGCCAAGCUGGCUCAGGAUAGCAUCAUUCCUGCCUCCCCCAAUGCCUUGCAGGAUCGAGCCAAUGAUCUGCAGAAGAUGAAGCGGGACCUGGUGGCCCAAGAAGACUUUGUGCUGAAGCUGAACCGGGGUCUCAAGGAUGCUGAGCAUAGCUGCAGCGCUGUGCAGAACAACUUCCAGGAGUAUUGCCCUGACUUACCCCGGCAGAAGCGGGAGGUGCAGCUUCUCAAUGAUCGCUACCAUGCUGUUGCAGACCAGCUAGAUCAGCGAGAGAAGACCCUCAGAGGUAUCAGCCUCGCCUACCAACAGUUCCAAAACUCUAAUGAGAACCUGAUGUUCUGGAUGAACAACCUACCUAAGUACCAAGUCAAGACCACAGAUGGGCCAAGCCAGAUCAGUUACAAGCUGCAGGCACAGAAGAGGCUGGUGGAGGAGAUCCAAGGAAAGGAGCCCGAGAAGAAUGCAGUGGUCAGACUAUCACAGAACGUGCAGUCAACCCUAAAUGACUAUGAACUCCAAGCAGGCAAAUACAGUUCCUCUCUGGACCCUUCCCUGACAGACUUUGCUGCCAAGAGGCUGCGUGUAACCCCCUUACAGGAAAGCAUCCAGGCCCAGGAAAAUGAUGUAACUAAGCUCUACAUGGAGCUGGCAGCAGAAAACCAACAGCAGCUCAACCAGCUAGAGUUUGCCAAGAAGAUUGUUGAGAAGAAGGAAAUACAUGAGGAUGUUCAAGCUGUACAUGAGAAAACGCAGCAAUCUGAAAACCAAGCCAUGUCAACCAGGGAACUUGAGGAGCUGAUAUCACAGUUAGAGGCGGAAAGGAGGAAAGUGGCCAAGAUUGAAGCAGAUCUGGAGGAACACAGAAGUAAGCUGCUGCUGUUGAAAACUCAGAAGCCCAUUGAAAGAGUGGAAGAAAAGGAAGUGGUAGAAUAUUAUAGAGACCCACAGGUGGAGAGCAACCUGUCUGAGAUGACACAGCAGAUUGCAGAGGAAGGCAAAAAGAGGAAGAGCCUUCAAGAAGACAUUGAAGUGAUGAACCAGAAGCUUGCCCAGAUGGGGAAGGAGAAGGCAGCUGUCCCUGCUCAGCUCCUUACCAAAGAGAUUACGAAAAUUGAAAGGGAUCCGAGCCUGGAUAGCGAAGCAGCCAGUCUGCGGCAGGAGAUCAAGCGUCUCCAGGAGGAGGGCCUGGCUGCAGCUUCUGAACUUGAGCAGCAUAAGAGAGAGCUACACAUUCUGGAGCAAAAGCAACCUAACAUCAGAGAGAAAGUGGUGGUGAAGGAGCUGAUCAAACUCGAGAAAAACCCAGAAACACUGAAGUCCAUUAGGAACCUGCAGCUACAGAUUGAUGAGGAAGCCUUCAAGAGGAAGUCUGCAGAGGAGUCAAUAGUCAGGGUGAAGAACAAGAUUGAGGAGGUGGAAAAACUAAUUGAAACAGUAGAACCCAAAAUUAUUGUGAAGGAGGUGAAGCAGGUGGAGCAGGACCCAGAGUUAUUGAGAGAGUCUUCCAAGCUUAAAACUCUGAUUGAAGAAGAGAGGAGCAAGAACUUGAUGCUUAUAGGUGAGCUGGGAGAGCUGCAAAGCCAGUACAGUGUUGCAGAGAAGCAAAAACCGAGGGUGGAGGUUAAAGAGAGGGUCAAUGAGAUCUUCCUGGUGGAUCCAGAAACAGAACGGGAAAUUGCACACCUGAAAAGGGAGCUACAAGAAAUUACUCUUAAAAGGACAAAGAUUGACAGCGAAGUGGAGGAGGCCUUAGCAGAGCUCAAUGUCCUCAGGUCACAGAAACCUGUGGUAGAGUUUAAGGAAGUUACAGAGGAGGUGGUGAAACAUGAGAAGAGUCCAGAAAUUCUUAGAGAAAUCGACAAGCUGAAACAACAACUCAAUGAACUAGUGAACACCAAUGGCAGGACCCAAGAGCAGCUCAUUAGGCUGCAGGGUGAAAGAGAUGAAUGGAAGAGGGAGAGAUCCAAGGUGGAAACCAAGUUGGUCAACAAGGAAGUCAUCCGAUAUGAGAAUGAUCCACUCUUGGAAAAGGAAGCUGACCGCCUCCGCCAAGAGGUACGUAACAUGUCUCAAAAGAGGAGAGCUGCAGAGGAUGCAAUCUAUGACUUGCAGAAUAAAUACAUGCUAUUGGAGAGGCGAAAGCCAGAGGAAAAGAUAGUUGUCCAGGAGGUGAUUCUGACUCAAAAGGAUCCAAAGCUCCGAGAUGAGCACAACAGGCUGAGUCGGAAUCUGGACGAAGAGGUGAGCAACAGGCGCCGUCUGGAACGUGACGUGCAGCAGCUUCGUGCGCUGGUGGAAGAGCAAGAGAAGUUGCUCAAUUUUCAGGAGGAUCGAAGCAAGAGGCUUGCACUGGAGAAAGAUAUGAGACAAAUAACUUUGAGAAUAAAGGAGCUGGAGGAGAGCCCAGCCCCAGUGCAAGAAAAGAUCAUCAUGGAAGAAGUGGUCAAGCUGGAGAAGGAUCCAGUCCUUGAACAGUCUGCCAGCAACCUGCGCUUGGAGCUGGACCGUGAGAAGAUGAAGGUCCUGAACUUGCAGAGAGAAUGCAAGAACCUGCAGAUGCAAGUUGAUGUCCUGCAGAAGAAAAAAUCUCAGGAGAAGACCAUCUACAAGGAGGUGAUUCGAGUGGAAAAGGACAGAGCACUGGAGAGUGAACGUGCACGCAUCUGGGAACUACUGAACAGGGAGAGAGGGGCCAAGCAAAAGGCAGAAGAGGAGAUACGACGGCUCAGAGAGAAAAUUGAGAGAGCUGAAGGCAUGAAAAGGACAUGGGCUCGUGAGGAGACAGAGCUGCAGAAAGCCAGGAACCUGGCCAUCCAGGAGAGAGCCAACAUGGAGAGUGAACUGCGGGAGCUGGAGAGGCAGAAGCAGCAGAAAGUCCUCUUCCUUCAAGAGGAGUCCAAACUGCUCAACCAACGAACUGAGAAUGACAGGCAGAAGAAGAAACAGCUGGAACAUGAGUUUUCCCUGUUAGAGGCAGAUAUCCUGAGGGAGAAGGACCAGAUCUAUGACAAAGAGCGGUUCAUUCGGGAUCUCCAGUCCAAGGUCAACCGGGAAGAAAUUAAUCAUGAGACCCAGAUGAGAGAGACAAACCUCUCCACUAAGAUCUCUAUACUAGACCCUGAGACAGGGAAGGAUAUGUCCCCUUAUGAGGCCUACAAGAAAGGUAUAAUAGACAGGGGCCAGUACAUCCAGCUGCAAGAGCUGGAGUGUGACUGGGAGGAAGUCACCACCCUGGGCCCAAAUGGGGAAGCCUCAGUUCUCCUUGACAAGAAAAGCGGGAAGCAGUACUCCAUCGACGAUGCGCUAAGGCUGAGAAGGAUCACAAAGGAGGAGUACCAGCUGUACCGGGAUGGCAAGAUUCCCAUCUCUGAAUUUGCCUUGCUGGUGGCUGGAGAAUCUAAGCCUCCCUCAUCCCUCUCUAUUGGCUCCAUCAUCUCCAAAUCCCCGCUCCCAUCACCCACCACCCACCAAACCCAAAACUUCUUCCCCUCUGCUUCUCAGAAGGGCUUCUGUGAUGACACAUCUCCCAUUGCUGGGGUGUACGACACCACGACAGACACCAAGUACAACAUCAAGACUGCUGUUGCUAAGAAGCUAAUUGAUCCCAUGACAGCUCAGAAGCUCCUGGAAGCCCAGGCUGCCACAGGAGGCAUCAUAGACCUCAUCUCUCGUGACCGGUUCUCAGUCCACAAGGCAAUUGAAAGGGGGCUGAUUGACAGGACCUACAUGCAGAGACUGCUCAAUGCCCAGAAAGCUUUCACAGGAAUUGAGGACCCGGUGACCAGGAGGAGGCUGUCCGUGGGAGAAGCAGUUCAGAAGGGAUGGAUGACUAAGGAUAGCGCUUUCCCCUAUUUGGAGGUCCAGCAUCUGACCGGAGGGCUCAUAGAUCCCAAAAAAACAGGUCGUAUCCCUGUGCUAGAAGCUGCCCAGACAGGGAUGAUAACAGGUGACCUUGCCAAUAGGCUCCAGGAUGAGUCCAACUAUGAAAAAGAUCUCAUUAACCCCAUCACUAAGGAGAAGAUAAAUUACAAGGAAGCCAUGGCUCUUUGCCGGAAAGAUUCACUGAGCAGCCUCCUGCUGCUCCCAGCCGCGUCGGAAGGGUACCAGCUUUACCACCAGGCAAGCCGUUCCCCCAAGCUCUCGCGGUUCAGGCAAUGAAUGGAU